UGUUUUGAAGUUAGUUGGCGAAGUAACUUACCCAGCUAGUUAAUAAAAACGUUUAGCCAGCUAGUUAAUAAAAACGUUUAGCCAGCUAGUUAAUUAAAGUUAUUAUCUAGGAACUUUUAAACUCCUUAACAAACCAGGUUCUCGUGAGGUUCGCUACUCUGUGAGGAGGACUGGUCGAAGCUGAGAUGAACCAAUUUGAACAUCUGAAAGAUGACGACUCAGAGGAUCAGGAUGAGACAGUCUGUAACCGGGAGGAAGACGGCUCCAUCAACAACAACCGACGCAAGACAGUGAGUCCUGCAGUAGGGGAACAUCCUCUCCAGUAUAACUAUACCUUGUGGUAUUCUCGGAGGACUCCGUCUCGUCCCGCCAACACACAGAGUUAUGAACAGAACAUCAGACAGAUCGGCACGGUCGCAUCGGUGGAGCAGUUCUGGAAGUUCUACAGUCACCUGGUGCGACCGGGAGAUCUGACUGGCCACUCUGACUUCCACCUGUUUAAAGAGGGAAUCAAACCCAUGUGGGAGGAUGAAGCUAAUAAGAACGGUGGGAAGUGGAUUAUCAGGCUGCGGAAAGGUCUGGCCAGCAGGUUCUGGGAGAACAUUAUUCUGGCCAUGUUGGGAGAACAAUUCAUGGUGGGAGAGGAGAUCUGUGGGGUGGUGGUCUCUAUACGGUUCCAGGAAGACAUCUUGUCUAUAUGGAAUAAGACGGCCAGCGAUCAGGUGACGACAUCUAGAAUCCGAGACACUCUUCGACGCGUCCUGAACCUCCCUCCCAACACCAUCAUGGAGUACAAGACACACAACGACAGCCUCAAGGAUAAUUCCAGCUUCCGCAACACAAAGAUCACCCUGUGAAGAGAGACGGAGGAGGAAGAGAGGCAAACCACCUGACCGUUUCUCCUGAAGUUAUACUGUUUCCUCAUAAAGGAUAACAUGACUCUCUGUCACAUUCUAUCUCCUCUCUCUCGGCAUCUCUUUCUCUCUCGGCCUCUUUCUCUCUCGGCCUCUUUCUCUCUUGGCAUCUCUCUCUUUCUCUCUUGGCGUCUCUCUCUUUCUCUCUCGGCGUCUCUUUCUCUCUCGGCUUCUCUCUCGGCAUCUCUCUCUUUCUCUCUCUCUUUCUCUCUCGGCAUCUCUCUCUUUUUCUCUCGGCAUCUCUCUUUCUCUCUCUGGCUCUUUCUCUCCAGGCUUCACAAGGUGAUUGAGGUGCUUAAAAUACUUGAAUUAGCACUCUGAAAUGGAACACCUUGAAAAUCUGACGUUUUCUCAAGUUGGUACUUGAAAAGUACUUGAUUAAAGGAGAACAGAAAAUGAUCAAAUAUGGUUAUGAAAAAAGUAUUGGUCUUGAAUUCUACCCAGUUUUAUUUCCUCACGUUCCGUGAUCUGGUUGCCAGGCGAGGUCGCUCAUUCCACCCACUCAGCCAGGCAGGUCCAAAACGGACUGAUUAGGUUCCGCCAAACAUCACAUCGAUAGCUAAAAGGCCAGGCGUGUAGAUUUAACCUGUUGUGGGUAUGGAACAUUUCUGGGAUCUUUUAUUUCAGCUCAUGAAACAUUCACAUGGGUGAUUGAACCCUGAAGAGCGACAUGAAGCGGCAAAGACAACUCUGCAUCCGGCGCCAGUUCUACGUUGUGACUUUUUCUCUGCAAUGACCUCCAGAGCAUUUUUACCAAUCGCGUCAUUCACCGGGGUCCUGCGACAUUCCAUUAUAUCAAGCGGCAGCCAGGCUCCUGGCGUUCUGUUGGCUGUUCACCCGAGCAGCGACACUAAAGCUGCCAGUCGGAAGCAAGAUGCUUUUUCGUAGAUAUUAAGAUUCCCAAAUGUGCAAUAAAAAUACAAUAGUCAUUAAUACUCAAAUGACAUCAUCAGUACUGACGAUUCUUGUAUAUAAUAAAGCACCGUAUUGAGUUUAACUUGUAAGGUAUAACUUUAGUGAUGAAUAAUAUAGUCAUUUUUCCCAUUAAGGUUGUGGCGAUAUACUGUCAUCUGUGGCAACUAGAAACAUAAUCCCAUUUUAUUGGUCACAUAGACGUGGUUAAUAUUACCAACUGAUGGUCCUUGAAAAUAAAUAUUAGUGCUUUAAAAGGUACUUAAGUCCUUGAAUUUGACUUGCCACUGUCUGUAUGAAUCCUGUCUCUCUCUUGCUACCUGUUUCUCUCCCUGCAUUUCUCUCUCUCCCUGCAUUUCUCUCCCUGCAUUUCUCUCUCUCUCUCCCUGCAUUUCUCUCUCUCCCUGCAUUUCUCUCCCUGCAUUUCUCUCCCUCUCUCCCUGCAUUUCUCUCCCUGCAUUUCUCUCCCUGCAUUUCUCUCUCUCUCUCCCUGCAUUUCUCUCUCUCUCCCUCCAUUUCUCUCUCUCCCUGCAUUUCUCUCUCGCUGCAUCUCCCUCUCUCGCUGCAUUUCUCUCUCUCUCCUGCAUUUCUCUCCCUCCAUUUCUCUCUCUCCCUGCAUUUCUCUCUCUCUCUCUCCCUGCAUUUCUCUCUCUCUCCCUGCAUUUCUCUCUCUCUCCCUGCAUUUCUCUCUCUCCCUGCAUUUCUCUCUCGCUGCAUCUCCCUCUCUCGCUGCAUUUCUCUCUCUCUCCCUGCAUUUCUCUCUCUCUCCCUGCAUUUCUCUCUCUCUCCCUGCAUUUCUCUCUCGCUGUCUCUCGCUUCCUCUCGCUGUGUUUCUCUCUCGCUGUCUCUCGCUUCCUCUCGCUGUGUUUCUCUCUCGCUGUCUCUCACUUCCUCUCGCUGUAUUUCUCUCUCGCUGUCUCUCGCUUCCUCUCGCUGUAUUUCUCUCUCGCUGCAUCUCUUGCAUUUCUGAGAGUGUUUCACUGCGGAGAUGGAGUAGUGCGUUGCUAUGGAAACUAGUGUGAUACUAUGGAGACAUGAGCGUCGUCUUUUUGCAACUUGUCCCUGAGUUGCCACAACAGGCCAGUGGGACCAACUCUCUGUGUGAUGGUGUUAAUGUUCCCAAACCCUACAGAAAUAAAUGUGUUUUUAGUA